AGUGAUAACAUAACGAUAAUAAUAUACACACUAGUAAUGUUACAAGUAAAUGAAGAUGUAGAUAAAAAAGUGCGCGGCCACAGCAGGGCGUCCAGCGACUCGAGCCAGUUCAUCCAGGCGACGAAGCGAGAUGCCUUGAACAUGCUGCAGAAGGAGCUCGACAAGCUCCUGGCCACCUGCGAGCCCUACAGGACCGAAGAGGCGCGGAAACAGUUCGACGGAUUCUCCAAGCUGUUCACCAGGUUCCUCGACGAGAGUGGACCGUCCGUCGAUUGGAACAAGAUCGAAAAGCUGCCGAACGAUGCGGUCAGAGAUUACUGCACCCUGGAAACUCCCACUGCUGACCUGGUGCACCAAAUGCUCGACAAGCUGGUGGUUGUCAAGUUGAACGGAGGUUUGGGAACUUCGAUGGGGUGCCACGGGCCCAAGUCUGUGAUAUCGGUCAGGAACGAUUUGACGUUUUUGGAUUUGACUGUUCAACAGAUUGAAAAUUUGAAUAAAACAUAUAAAGUAAACGUGCCACUGGUGCUUAUGAAUUCGUUCAAUACAAAUGAGGACACCGAAAAAAUCAUUAGGAAAUACAAGAACCUUGACGUAGACAUCCACACAUUCAACCAGUCUUGCUAUCCAAGAGUUAACAGAGAUUCCUUGAUGCCGAUCGCCAAGACUGGAGUAAUUGACAGUGAUAUAGAAGCGUGGUAUCCACCCGGCCACGGUGAUUUUUACGAGAGUUUUAAAAAUACAGGUUUACUGGAUAAAUUCUUGAAACAAGGAAGAGAAUAUUGCUUCAUAUCGAACAUCGACAAUUUAGGUGCCACCGUGGACUUGAACAUCUUGAAUUCCUUGUUGAAUCCUGAUCACAAACACUCAAAACCUGAAUUCGUUAUGGAAGUUACAGAUAAAACCAGGGCUGACGUCAAGGGUGGUACUUUAAUUCAAUAUGAGGGAAAACUGAGACUACUGGAAAUUGCGCAAGUGCCAAAGGAACACGUAGACGAUUUUAAAUCUGUUAAAACCUUCAAAUUUUUCAAUACAAAUAAUUUGUGGGCCAAAUUAGAUGCAAUUGAUAGAGUUCUAAAAGAGGAUCUCCUUCACAUGGAAAUCAUCAUCAACAAUAAAACCCUCGAAAAAGGCCAGAACAUUAUUCAACUGGAAACCGCGGUGGGUGCUGCCAUGAAGACAUUCGAAGGGUGUAUUGGUAUCAAUGUUCCUCGUAGCCGGUUCUUGCCUGUCAAGAAAACGUCGGAUCUCUUCCUCGUCAUGAGCAACUUGUACAGUUUGAAGCAUGGCUCUCUAAAAAUGUCUCCUCAGAGGAUGUUCCCCACAACGCCUUUGGUCAAAUUGGGCGAUAAUCAUUUCUCGAAAGUGAAAGAAUUCUUAGAGAGGUUUGCGAAUAUACCGGACAUUCUUGAGCUGGACCAUCUCACGGUUUCUGGGGAUGUUACCUUCGGUAGAGGUGUAUCUGUGAAGGGUACUGUAAUCAUCAUAGCAAAUCAUGGAGAUAGAAUAGAUAUUCCGGCAGGUGCCAUACUAGAGAACAAAAUUGUUUCUGGUAAUAUGCGUAUAUUAGAUCACUGAAACGACAUUCAUUUAUUACUGGCUGAUAUUUUUCGUUUGAUUUAGAAUGAUGAGAAUUUUCAAAUGUUUAUGUACAUAUUAAAAAUAUUAUUCUAGUU